GUCAGGCAAUACUCAGUUUCAAACUCUUGAUAGUAAACCAACCGAGAAGAUGACUGAAGUUCCUCCAGUAGCUGCUGCCGCCGCACCGGCGAAAGCGACCAAGAAGAAGGCGGUGGCCAGGCCGAAGAAGGUCGGACCCAGUGUCAGCGAUCUGAUCGUGAAAGCCGUGUCCGCUUCCAAAGAGAGAAGCGGAGUUUCUCUGCCAGCACUUAAGAAGGUUUUGGCCGCCGAUGGCUACGAUGUGGAGAAGAACAACACCCGCAUCAAGGUCGCCAUCAGAAGCUUGCUGGAAAAGGGAACCCUGGUCCACACCAAGGGCAUCGGAGCAUCUGGGUCUUUCAAGAUCAGCAAGGACGCAAAGAAGCCAGCGGCGAAGGCUGCUGCCCCUAAAGCCAAGAAGGCUGCUGUCAAGAAGCCCGCCGCCGCCGUCAAGAAGGCUACCCCAAAGAAAGCCGUAGCAAAGAAGACCUCCGUGAAGAAAAUUACUACCCCCAAGAAGGCGAAGAAACCCGCUGUGGCCAAGAAGGCGGUGGCGAAGAAGAGCCCCAAGAAGGUGGUGGCCAAGAAGGUAGCAGCCAAGAAGAGCCCCAAGAAGGCACCCAAGCCCGUCGCAAAGAAAUCCCCGGCGAAGAAGGCGGCCAAGCCCAAAGCAGCGAAGAAGGCAGCCCCCAAGAAGAAGUAGAUGAUCACAUUUAGUUUUUGUUGAAAACCCCAAAGGCUCUUUUAAGAGCCACCCACCUGACUCAAAGAGCACAAAUCCUAUGAAACGACCAUCCAUUAAUGUUAUAUGUUAUGAUUUUAUAAAUCGAGGUUUUUCACUAUUUAGUGCAGAAAUGUAGUGGUGGGUGUUUCGUUGGACCCUAUUAAAUAGGGUGCCACGAAUAUAUAAAUCCUACAACAAUCGUAAUUUUUGUUGAUAUUUGUUAGCCUAACCUUUAUAAAAUAGGGUCCAUGAUGAAACUGCACCAACCUUAACCUACGUUAAUGUUACUUUAGCUUCUCGCCGGAAAAACGUGACAAUUAUUUCCAUUACAAAGUAGCACAGGUAGCAACUAUUACACAUUUGCCCUCAAUAAACAAUGUCAUUCAAAUAAUGA